GUUUAUAUUCACCAAAAAAAAAAAAAAAAAACCUCAUAAUUUCUUGAAAAAAAAAAACAAAACCCUAACGUUCUCUCGAGUAAAUCCCCUUUCUUUUUAGCAGAACUGCUUGUUUCCUUUUCGAUUUGUGGUUUUUCGCGCGAGUUUUUAGGUUUUCAAUGCUGUGAAAUCGAGGCAUUAAGACUCAGAUUUUAAAGAUCCGUUUCUGUAUAUUUAGUUACAUAAUUGUUUUUUUGUUCACAGAGAGAAAAAGCUAUGGCGGCAUCUGAUAAAGAGCUGGAGCUACUGUUAAUGGAGGCCGGGAACAAGCUCUUGGAACCUCCUUCGUCAGUUGAUGAACUCAUCCUUCUCCUCGACGAACUUGAGAGUUUUCUUUCGAGAGUGGAACAAUCACCAAGCCCAUCAAUGCAAAAUGCACUCUCUCCAUCACUCAAAGCAUUGGUUGCGGAGCCGCUUUUUAGACAUCCUGAUGAUGAUGUCAAUGUUGCAGUUGCUGCUUGCAUCAGCGAGAUAACAAGGAUAACUGCACCAGAUGCUCCUUAUGAUGAUGACCAAAUGAGGGAGGUCUUUCAACUAAUUGUAUCAUCGUUCGAAAAUUUAUCUGACAAGUCCAGCUGCUUGUACGUUAAGAGGACCUCGAUUCUUGAAACUGUUGCCAAAGUCAGAUCAUGUGUGGUGAUGUUGGACCUCGAAUGCGAUGCACUAAUCAUUAAGAUGUUCCAGCAUUUCCUUAAGGCAAUAAGGGAUUACCAUGCAGAGGAUGUCUUUACAUCAAUGGUGACUAUCAUGACCCUUGUAUUGGAAGAAAGUGAAGACAUCUCUGUGGAGCUGCUCUCCCCAAUCUUAUCUAGUGUAAAGAAGGAUAAUGAGGAAGUUCUUCCUGUUGCUCGGAGGUUGGCAGAGAGGGUGCUUGAAAACUGUGCUUCAAAGUUGAAACCUUACCUAAUGCAAGCUGUAGAGAACUUGGGCAUUUCUUUUGAUGAUUAUAGUAGUGUAGUUGCUUCUAUAUGCCAAGUGGCACCUAUUGCUGUGGAGCAGAGUGAUGCGACUACUGACAAACGUGUGGAUGAUGAGAGCAAACCAGCAAAGGCACCUUUGGACAAGGCAGCCCAGGAGAAUAAAGAGAGUCCUAAAGUAACUGUUUCAACUGCACAAGACGAUCUUGCAAAUGAAAAAUCUUCCAAGUCAGUUGUUAGCAAUGGCAUUGUGCAAACUGCUGAAGACGACUCAUUGGCUGAUUUAAACUCCUUAAAGAAGCAAGAGGAUGACCAUCUUGCUGAUAAGUUUGAGAAUGCUGAUACAUUAACUGUUGCUGAACCUGAUAUAUUGGAAACUGAGAAAGUGGUCAAUUCAGAUUCUAAGUCAGAGCAAAGUACCCAGGAAAAAGGAAGAAAAUCUGAUUCCAAAUCAACAGAACCUUCUGACAGCUCUUAUGUCAAUGAGAAGGAAGCUGAGACCUUAAUGGACCAUAAAAAUGACAGCAAGGAUGGUGCUCAUUCACCUCAUGAGGAUCCUUCUCUUGAUGAGGCUGGAUCCUUGCAAAAUAAAAGAGAGACUGAUGUUCAGCCUUCCUCACCAAAAGUAACUGAGGAUGAAUCGACCAAUGUUGCUUCCCCAACACCAAGUGGGACCAUACCCGAUGAGAGUCAUCCCAGUGGGGCUGCACGGCAAAAAAGGAAAGAGAGCUUGAGCAAGGAGAAUACACCUGUUGAAAAUGUCACUAAGAAGGCAUCUGAAGGGACAAGUGAUUCAGAAGCAAAAACAAAUAGACAAUCAGGGAAAAAGGUUUUUAUUGAGGUUUCCAAUGAGGAUAAUGUUCUAGCUGAUGUAGAUGAAACUAAGAAAGAAAGUGGCACUGCAAGUGAUUCAGAGGCAAAAUCACUGAAGCAGUUGUCAAAGAAGAUAGAUUCUAGCAGUAAAAAUGUAGAUGGAUCGUCUUCAAGGCAACUGGAGGAUGAGAAAAGGCGAGGUCGGGGGAAAGUUGUUCCUGAGAAGGAUGGAACAAAAACCUCAACCAAGAAUGAUGAUGAGGAAAUGGUUGCUUCAACAAAGUCAGUCAAGCCAAACAAACAUGAUUCUCACAUGGAGGAGACCCCUAAGACAAACCCCAAGAGAAAGCAGACCCCGAGUAAAGAAAAAGCAUCUGGUUCUAUAGAAUAUGGUGAGAAUCUGGUUGGCUUGAAGGUGAAGGUCUGGUGGCCCAAAGACCAUAUGUUCUAUGAAGGUGUUAUUCAUUCAUUUGAUUCUGUUAAAAAGAAGCACAAGGUGCACUAUAUUGAUGGUGAUGAAGAAAUUUUAAAUCUUAAGAGAGAAAAAUGGGAGGUGAUUGAAAAUGAGUCUGGGUCAAAUGAGGAAGAAGCAGCUGAUCCUCUAAGUCCUGAUAGUUCAUCUGAAAUGCCUCAAAAGAAGAAAGCAAAAACAGCUGAUCAGCCUAGCAAGAAAACUAAGAUGGAUGCUUCACCAAAAAGGGGUGGAGGAGCUUCAUCUGGAAAAUCCAAGGGUUCUGCCACAAAGUCUGGCCGCAAAACAAAGGAAGAUGGUAAAGUGGAUGGCAAAUCCAAAGAUGGCUCCAAAAGUGUUAGUAAAUCAGACAAUGAAAGUGCUACCAAAGCCAAGGACCAUACUCCCAAAAGUGGUAGUACAUCAGUUGACGUUGAAUCAAAAGUAGGCAACAAAUCCAAGGAUGAAGAAGGUGGUGAGACACCCAAGUCUAGCAAAUCCAAGGAUGAUGAUAGAGUUACACCAAAAGCUUCCACAAAGUCAGAGCAAGAUGCUUCAAAGACAGCCAAGUCCAAGACGGAAACCCCCAAGAUUUCCUCCAAUUCUAAGGGUAAGCCUCUUAAAAGUGGUGGCAAAUCUAAUGCUAAUGGUACUUUUAAGUCAAAAUCUGGUUCAUCAAAGGUGAAAGAAAGUGAGAACGUGAAGGAGAACUCAACUGACUCUGCAAAGGUUGUGGAAAGUGGGAAGCGGAAAUCACCAAGUUCGUCCAAGGUGCAGGACAGUGAUUCCAAGUCUGGAAAAAAGCGACGAAGAUGAGCUGAAAGUCACUUCAACUGCAGAGUCAUUGCCAAGGGCUGGUUCGUCUCCAAUGUGGAACUUGGCUUAAGCCUUCUUAGAUGUCCAGGCGAUGCGUUCACAGCUAGUCAUGCAUUUGGUAUUGGGGUAGUUCUUAGGUUUCGUGGCUAGCAAAUAUUCAGUGAAUGUAGUUUAUAGUGUUUGUAGGGUUGAGUUUUUGUGGCUACAGAUGGAAUUCCUGUUAAGGUGCAGCGUUGGAGGAUACAAUUGGGUUAGCCUUUUUGCCUUAAUUUAAGAGUUACUUCUAUAGAUAAUAUAACAGAUUCACAAACAUUGUCGAAGCACUGGGUGGUUGGCGGAUCAUCUGUUCAAUGCCUUUGGUCCUAAUGAAUGCAUUAUUUAUCGUGCAUA